AUGUUUGAAUGCACUCUUCCCCAGUUAUAUGACAAUCCCCCUAAUUGCCCAGUGCGUCUAGCCAAAAUCAACAGAAUCCCCAUCAUUGAGCCCUGGGUCCCCGGCAAAGAGCCUGAUAGGUUUCUAUUGCCACGGUACAUAAGCAAAGAUGACGACCUUGGCUUCAAGCUCAUGGAAUUUGCGGCUUCCUAUCUAAAUGAUGAUGAUGAUGAUGAUGAUGAUGAUGAUGAUGAUGAUGAUGAUGAUGAUGAUGAUGUUAAUAAAGAAACAUGUGAAGAUUCAGAGGAUGACGGACCGCUCUCACCACCAAACAACGUGAUGUAUCACGUCCAUACCACGACACAGCGGGCUCUGAUCGCAUCUCACAUUGGUGACGAGGUCUCCAAUAUAGACACCUUUACGCAUAUCAUUAGUUAUGUGCGUGAGUUUAUCAGUGCGGCCGAUCAGGUUGAUGUUGGCUGUAUUGAGUCUGUUCCCUGUGAGAACAAGUACGGCGGGCCGCAGGAUAGAAAAAUCCAACGUGGGGGGGCGAACAGGGUUUUGAUUCAGAAUAUAAGUGCUACUACAUUCGGGCAGUAUGAACUCCAUAUGCACCGUUUUGUAGAUAAUGUUGCUACAAACAGCCCGUUGGGAUACAGGGGAUCGGCAGAGAGGGCCCGACAUAUAAUUCUCGAGCUUGCACAACGUAUGGUCAGGUCAGGAUGCAAGAAGGCGAUUCUGCUAGGAGGGCACGCCUACUUAGUUUUUCACCUAGAAUCAACCCGCAGCUAUGGUCAAGAUCAUCUCUUCGUCUCUAGCAGCUACCCCGUGUUUGCCGUGCCUCCAAUGCCGAGUCUAAUUUCGGUUCUAAUCGCGCUGCUGCUCUCGGAUGAUUCGGAUAUGGCUUACAAGCCCCCGACAACAAUCGACCGGGUGAGAGAUUUAAGCACCAUAGAGACUAGCCCGACGGCAUUAGACCCUGCCAACACCAGCUUGUUGGAAACGGCUGGCAAAAGGAAACGCACGACAACAGACUCCGGUUCAUCAACACCGACGGUAGUUGGCAUGCCAGCCGAGUUUGAACAUAUCGACACAUCAGAUUCUGCAGUUGACGGGGCACUAAAUGCGGUCCAUAUAGUGGCACGUCUCUCUGAUUCUCUCGCCAAAAAGGGAGCUGAAGGCGGAGAAGAGUUUCGGCAUUGCCAUGUAUUUGCACUAGAGCGAUUGGCCUCUAGGUUAAGCUGCAAUGUUAUGGACGCCUUCCUCGCAGCAGAUGGUCAACAUGACCAACAGCGGUGCGCAGUCAAAACGUUCUUCAGCUGCGAAGAAAACAGAUUUUAUCAAUUCCAAAACGAGGUUAGGAUAUACGAUAAAUUCCAAGGGUGCUCAUUCAUUCCGUAUUAUUAUGGUGCAUUUGCAGGAAUGACGUUCACGGGCCCAGCGGGCUUCCUUGUGACGGAGCUGAUGGAGAGGACGUUCAACUCAUUCGAUGAAAUGAGCGGAGAUGAGAAGAACGAGGCCGUAAAAUACAUCGAACGACUUCACCGGGCGGGAUACCACUAUUGUGAUUUGUAUCCGUAUAAGUUUGGAACGCGUCCGAAUGGCGAGAUGGUAAUUAUGGGAUUUUCUGAAGUCACGCCCAUCAGCCCCGAUAGUACAUGCAAAUCUGGCAAUCCAGAUAAGUGCAGCUCCUUCCAAAGCAACAGAGAUGAUAUUUUGGGGGGGGAUGCUAAAUAG